GCAUGAAUGUGCAAAGUCCACACAAUAAUCGUGUGUUCCGUCUACAGCCUGUAGUACAGGCAAAGUGUUGUACAUGUAGUACGUUGGCUACAACGACUCAUACAUCCCCUUGAAAAAUCUCGGACUUCAACAACUCAUCUACUGCUUUUUGGAAAAUCCCGAAUCGGCCAUUGGAAGGCAACUAAAUCACCAGGAGGAAUCGAACACGGGAUUACUUUCUCUUGGCACAAGGUUACUCGAGUUAGUUUAAGAUUAAAGUCAGUGAGUACAUACAGUGCCCAACUGACGCUGAUUUUUCGAUUCAUUGGCCCGUUCUGACUCAGUAUAAGAAGCUGUCACGAAUCUCAUUCCAGCAAUGGGGGGAUCACCAAGUUCUGAGAAAAACAAAGUUUACAAGAAAGAAUUCAGCAAAUACGACAAGAACAGAGACGGCAGGAUGAACACAAAUGAGCUGCGUGCAUUGUUGAGGGCGCUGAAUCGAAACCCCACAGAGACUAGCCUGAAGAAGAUGAUGGCAGACAUCGAUGAAAACAAGAAUGGCUCCAUUGAGUACGACGAGUUCGUUAAGCUAAUGAACAGACUAGACGGUGAAAUUAGCCGUGAGUUAGCACCAACUUUCGAAAAGCAUGACAAAGACAACAGUGGAUUCAUCAGCGCCGAUGAGCUGGAUGCAGUGUUUCAAGAAAUGGGGAUCGAGUUGACUCCGGAAGGACUGCAGGCCGAGAUCAAGAGCGUGGAUCUGGAUGGUGACGGUAACCUUAGUUUCCAAGAAUUUAAGAAAUUGAUUGGGCGCAUCUAAGCAAGAUAAGAAUAACAUAUAGGUGGAGUUCUCGGAAUCACAGCUGCAAAUGUCCCAAGAGGCGAUCUGUGGUCACGUGAUCCAAGAUGGUGGCUGGUGUACUCAACAUUUAGUAUGAUAGUUACAGGAUGUGCGAGGUGCUGAAACAGCUCGUGAUCUGAUUUUAUAACUACAUGUUUACUAUUUUUACGAAAGUCUUGAAGGGGUCGACGAAAAUAAAGAAGUUAUUAAGUAAACAAACAGUUAUAACCUGCAAUUCAGGAAGUGGAAGGGGCGGUCUGGUGCCCACUCCUCUCACUACAAAACUCCACAGUUCGGGAUUUAUCACUGGCUAAGUUGAACCUAACAAUUAAAAUUAAUCUGAAAUAAAAAAGGUGUGCAGUAUAGGGAUUUUUAAUUUAGCUUGUGUAUAUAAUAACAGUAACAAGUAAAAGUAAAAUGCUAACAGUUGACGUAACUUUAAUAAUUAUCACUACUUUUUAUAUUUAAAAGGUCCCUCGAUAUAAGACUCUUAUGGAAUAUCGACCUUUAUAUCACGGACGUUGCUUGAAAUAUGAAUGUGGGGGGGGGGGGGGGUUGACCACCUAUGUGCCGAUAGACCAUUUCGAACAGAAACGUUUCUGUUGAUAAAACAACAACAACAACAACAACUUAACACCCCCCCCAAAAAAAAAGCACUUCUUUGGAAUCGAGUUAUAAUUAACACAUUCUGCAGCAGAGAGUAAGCAAAAUCAUUAGAAAAAUGUAAUAAUCAAAAUACAAGAAGAAGAAUCAUCUAUAGCUUUGAUGUGAUUUCCGACCGUCCAUCGACUUUAUUCGUAAUUAUCGACGAUGACAACAUGAUGCACUAUCAGAGAAAUGAAGUUUGAGAUGCAUUUGCAACACAGUUGGCAGUUGUCCAGCACUGUUUUGAUCAGAACGCAAUGAAUUUAUUUGAUACAACAAUGAAUGCGAGCAGAACCGUGACGUCAUAUUGCACCUUUCAAUCUCUUCAGGGCGAUUACAUGUAAUUCCCUUAGAUGUUCUUUGUUUCUAACUACAUAAACCGAGCUAUAUAUCAUUUCUUUGGCAGAUGUAUCAGUGCAGUAUUUCAAACUCUGUAAGUACAAAAAUAUUCGAUGUUUGGCUAAAUAAGAGCGUAGCACGGAAUGUUUUUCAGUAUCAAGUUGAAUGGUACAUGAUUUGAGAGGAAUAUUGACAUAAUUAUGUUUUUAAAAAAUUAUAAUGAUUUUAGUAAACUGUAGAAUCAUCUAACUAUUUUGGGGAAUGAUCUUUAAGUAAUCCAAAAGUACAUGUUUACAUAUUGUUAACUACCUGUUGUGCACAGCGCCCUCUAUAGACCUUCAGGCAUUCAAAUACUGAGCAGUAGUUUUGUGUUGUUUUUAUAAAGUACUAUAGUGCCGUUGUAAUAUAAAAUUUGGACUUCCACGAAA